UGCUUCUUCCGGUCACCUGACCCGCUUGAUUGUUCACCGACGCGGGUCUUUCAGUGUUGGAAAGCGAUAGUAACCACAGAAGCCUUUCUCAAAGACUGCGGACACAUUUUACUGAUACUGAUUAUUAUAUUCAACAUGUCUGCAUGGACUGAAGGAAGACGACGCGAUGCUCACAGCAGCCAAGACGACGAAAGGAUCACGGUCCCGCCUCGGGGAUCCCACUGCAGGAAGAGAGGGAUCGAUGGAAACCUGCGGGCCAACAAAGAGGCAGAAGGUAAUGACAGGGAAAACAGCAAGCACACUGACGGCAAGUGCAGAUACUCCGGAAACAGACAAGCCAGUUUCACCACUCCAGAGAGUGCAGGCCCAGUGUCUCGCUGUGGUAGACAGGCUGACUGGGGUAGCCAGGUGGAGAAUGAUGAGAUGAGGAGGGACGUACAGAGAGACAUACAGCGUUACAGGAGGAAGAUACUUGGUGCUGAGGUCACCCAGAGAGAGAGAAAGACCUCCUCUGGCUCUUCUGGGAGCUGUGACUCCAGAGAGGGAGAAAACAUCGAGACAGAUGAGGCUGUGUUGUUACGGCGACAGAAACAGAUCAACUAUGGCAAGAACACAUUGGCCUAUGACAGAUACAUCAAGGAAGUUCCUAAACACGUGCGUCAGCCGGGUGUUCACCCAAAGACCCCCAAUAAAUUCAGGAAGUACAGUCGUCGCUCUUGGGAUCAGCAGAUAAAACUGUGGAAGGUCAAACUGCACGCCUGGGACCCCCCAACAGUGGACUGCCAAGAUAAAGUCCUCAAUAACAUUGAGGAGCUGGGCCUUGAUGACAUCAUGGACAUUGAGCUGGACUUUCCAAACCUUUCUGACUCCCAGAAUGUCCCAUCCUCUCUGACCUCACACAGCCUUUCACUGGAGGGUGAUGACUGUUUGGGUACCCCAGUUAAAAUACAGAAGACAGAAACUAAGGUGGAGCUUGACACGGUGUAGCUCAUCAUCCUGCACAUCUCCAAACACACAUGUUGACACACAGCUCCAUUGGUUUACCUGUUUCCCUGCAACAUCUCCCAUAUCAUGUUACCCUGAAUGAUUGUUCCAGGUACCAUCACCUGUGGUAAUGCCACACACAGCAUCACAAUUUUGUGUAUCUCUGGUCAUUGGUAUUAUUUGGUUCAGCACUGACAUUAGCAUUUUCAUUUGUACUAUUGGUUCUUAACUCGUAUAGUCUUUCAGAGACAAUCUGCUCAGGGAGUCUUUUCUUAUGGUUUCACUUUCCAGUUGCAUGUUAAAGCAAGUUUCUGUCAAUUUCAAUGAAUUAGGGUUUGUUCUUUUCAAAAUACACUUGUGGUUCUGCAGACAUCCCAGUUUGUCAGUGCAAAUCUUAAAACACACACUGCGUGUCCCUGGUAAAUAUAAGGCAAGAAUACAUAGAAAUGAGCAGAACUCUGAAGGUUCUCUAAAUAUUCAAAAGAAAAUGGGUAAACCGAAAGUAAAGUAUUUUCCUUUUAUCAAUUGAUAUUUUCAAGAUUCUUUUUCUUGUAGAAUUUUAACUGGUGCAUUACUGCAGUGAUACUGGGCUUUGAUUUGUUUUUACAUUGGGUUCUUUUUUAAUACAAAUGUUACUAUGUUCUGUAUUGCUUUUUUCUUCAAUGUGAAAUCUUUCCAAUAAAAAGAAA